GACCCAGUUCAAGCAAUUGGCAAGAUGAAGACAUUCUACAAUACUUACGCCAUCUGCUCGUUCGCCGCCAUUGGCGGUGGAUUGUUCGGCUUUGAUAUCUCUUCGAUGUCAGGCGUUCUGGGCACGAAUGGCUACAAGAACUAUUUCGGCAACCCUGCCGGUUACCGUCAAGGUGGAAUCACGGCAUCGAUGCCUGCAGGCAGUUUGGUCGGCUCGCUGAUAUCCUCCUUCAUCGCCGAUAGACUCUCCCGCCGUACUGCGAUUCAGGUCUCCGCCUUGAUCUGGAUUAUCGGCUCUAUCUUCCAGACUGCAGCCAACGGUGUCGCUCUCCUCUGCUUUGGUCGUGUGGUUUCUGGUAUCUCAAUUGGUAUCGCUUCGGCAAUCGUCCCCGUGUACCAAUCAGAGAUUGCUCGCAAAGAAAUCCGUGGUCGCGUUGUCUCGCUGCAACAAUGGGCCAUCACCUGGGGUAUCUUGAUCCAGUACUUCAUUCAAUACGGAGCCUCAUUCGUUGACGGAGGCGCCAACAACCCGGACCAGGGCACGUCGGCUUUCCGCAUCCCGUGGGGUAUUCAGAUGGUUCCUGGCUUCAUUCUCCUUGUCGGCAUGUUCUUCUUCCCGUACUCUCCGCGCUGGCUGGCGUCAAAGGACCGUUGGGAAGAGGCUAUCCAGGUCCUGGCUAACCUACAUGGCGGUGGAGAUGUAAAUCAUCCAAAGGUUCUAGCCGAGUACAAGGAAAUUGAGGAGGCGCUUGCAUUUGAGCGUGAGCAGGCCGAGACUUCGUUCGGGGCCCUCGUCAAGCCGCGCAUCUUCAAGCGUGUCAUCCUCGGCAUGAGCAUCCAGAUGUGGAGCCAGUUGUGCGGCAUGAACAUCAUGAUGUACUAUAUCGUUUACAUCAUGAAGGGAGCCAACAUUGCCGAUCCGUUGCUCACCUCCUCCAUCCAGUACAUCAUCAACGUGGCCAUGACUCUUCCGGCAAUUAUAUAUCUCGAUAAGUUUGGCCGCCGCCCGGCGCUGUUAAUCGGAUCUUUCCUCAUGAUGUCCUGGCUCUUCAUCUCAGGUGCGCUCCAGGCAUCGUACGGAGAGCACUGGGACGACCCCGACAAGAAUACCUCCUGGCGCAUCGUCAACAACAAGAGCGUAUCGCAAGGCAUCGUCGCCUGCUCGUACCUCUUCGUCGCCAGCUUUGCUACCACCUGGGGCCCAACCUCGUGGACAUACCCAUCUGAGAUCUUCCCCGCUAAGGUCCGCGCGAAGGCUGUCUCCCUCGCCACGGCCUCUAACUGGCUCUGGAACUGCAUUCUCGCCUUCGGUGUGCCCCCGCUUCUGUGGAACAUCAACUGGAAGAUGUACAUGAUCUUCGCUACCUUCAACGGCGUUGCGUUCAUCCACAUGUUCCUCACAGCUCCUGAGACCAAGGGCAAGACCCUCGAGGAGAUGGACGAGGUCUUCGACAGCGGCAUUCCUGCUUGGAAGACGCACGGCGGCUCCUCGCGUCUUGACCAGCUGCAGCGUGAUAUCGAGAAGGGCGAUUUGAAGAUCACGACUGCUGCGCACCCUACCGCCACCACUACGGAGACGACGGCGCCAACGACUGCUUAGUUGUCUGAUCGAAACAAGCCGGUUGCGGUGAUGCGCUGAGUCGUCAAGAUUAGGUUGUCAGUUCCAAGGGCACUUUGGAUACAGCAGAGUUCCAGGAUGGGAAGCAACUGCACGUUCACGGUGUGUUAGUUUUCAAUCAAAUGUGAAGAGCGUAC